GGCUAUAUCAACCCUGAAGCCACAUGCAGCCCAGCCCAGCAGCGCUAUCUGCUGUCGUAAUUUAGCGAAGCUCGGACACAGGCCGAGAGAGCUGAGCAGGCCAUGAAGGACUUAAUACAGAUCUUCAAGGAAAAGACCCAACCGAAGGACUGGAAUCCACACAAAUACACCACAUUGUAUCGGAACUUCAAACUAUGGGGUAACUUCUUUGGGCUUCCAAUCCUUAAAAGGAAUGACGGGGAGGUCACCAUAGCGCAGACUAUUGCUAAUAUGAAUAAAGUGAGAAUACGGUUCACCAAGAUCAAAAAUGCUCUAGAAAACUCCGGAAGGAAGUUUGAUUUGAUUGUCAAUUGCAACGACAAUUGGCUUGUGUAUGAAAAUGAUCGCAUCGACAAAAAUGGAGACAGGUUCCGGAGAUACAAGGACACCCGGGAGAAACAUAAAGGGACGUCCGUGUAUGUGGAGACCCAAGCACCGAUGAUGACAUGUAGGGAAAAUCCAGCAGCUAAAGCCUAUUCAUUUUACAAUGAAAUGCUGGAACAGGAAGAAAUGGUACUCUGCCCGCUUGCGUGGAAUAAAUGGGCCGGUGAACCCCCUCCAUUUUUAUCUGACUUUGCAGGGACUCCGUUCUCGGGAAUGAAGGGCAAAUAUCUCACUCUAUUAAAAAAUCGUGCUGCUGGAAAUACCCUUCUGCAUGAGGCCUUCCACUCGUGGAAUAUCCUGGAAAAGCAGAUAGUGGACAUGCCAAUACAGCACGAAGGGGUCACCAAGGGUGCUUAUGGCGCAACUCUUGUGCAGGCUCUUGCCAGGAAAGAUCCCAAUCAGGCAUUGCAAAAACGCAGACACCCAUGCCCUGUUUGCACUAGGCGUGUAUUAUGACAAGUGUAAUUGGGCUAACCCAACGGGAAAAUGCCUUGAUGACAGUCCGGACACCA